AUGUCUGCCUACACUGUCAGCGAUUCGGAAUUCCGGCAGUUGGAGGGCAAAGUCAUCUUGGUCACUGGAGGUGCAGCCGGCAUUGGAAGAGCCAUUGUCGACCUCGCCCAUCGGCAUGGGGCAAAAGUAGCAUUCUGUGAUGUUGACGAGACUCGAGGAAAGCAAGUUCAGAAAGAGCUCGGCAAGUAA